AUGAAAAUUGAAGCUCCUUUAGGAAGAAAAAUAGCGUCCAUUUCCGAGGAUUGGAUCACGUUGGGUACCUCCCUCACAAUCUAUGACGUCAAGGGAAAACCUGCAUUAAAAGUUACUGGCUCCAUCCUCCCAUCGUAUUAUUCCGGCAUGGUCGCCACGGAAGUGUUCAAGGUGAAAACAAUGGCAGGCACUGUCGUGGGCGAGAUAAGGUCAGCACUAGAGGUCAUCAGCGUCUCCUUUCCCAUUAACCUGGACGUCCACAUCAAAGGAUGUCUUAUCGGGUGCGCCAUUUUGGUCGCCUUCAUGUUUGACUUCAGAGGUUGUGGCUAUAACUGGGGGCAAGUAUUGCGAACGUAUUCACAUGCUCCUCGAAGACGGGGGCUCUUCGACUGAAGAAGAGGCAACUGCUUUAUACAGGGCUCGGCGUUUCCUCAUCCAGAGCUGAUCCACGGUGAAAACUGCAGUUCACAGCCAAUGAUCACUGUGUUCUCAGGGGCAAACAAUGUAGUGAGUGCGACAUGAUCAUAGAUGCAGGACUAUCCUCUGCGUCGAAUAUAUAAAGACCGCAUAAAUGUGCUAUGUAAUGUUUUAGAUCAGGAAUGUGAUGAGAGUUAACCCUAGCUAAAUGAUCACAGUUCAAAUCACUGUUUUUGAUGAUGCGGCCAUCGUUACCCGUCCGAC